GCACAGUGACCUUGACAACGCAGCCUUUCAAGGGUGUGUCGUACGUGUGGCUGGUUGUUGUCGUGUUGUUUGUCAAAGGUUUGUGGGUUCCAAAAUCGAAUGACAUUUACACCUCAACCAAGUUCUAAUCCAUCACAUAUUCCCCCUAACAUGGAUUUCCCACCAGUAUCUCAUCCUGUAAUGAAUAUGCAUAUCCCAACAUUUCAUCCGACAAGUUUCAUACAGAAUAGCAUUUCGACUUUAGCUCAAGAUAGCUUGUACGAAAUCCAACGUCUAAGACUGUUGUUAGCUAAUCUCUUAACAUCUGUUCAAUCUGAUGAGAGAGGUCGUGAAGAACAAAGCAAGAUUGCGGAUGAAAAUUUUGCUGUGUGUAACAAACCAACGGUUACCAAAUCUGGCAAUAUUCCCAGUCCUGCCGACGGGAAAACAACUGGAAUCACCUCUGAUAGUGGUAAUUUCUCUCUACUUAACGGCCAAAAAGGCACUUCAUGUGAAAAGUUAUCACUGCACAAAACAAUCAACCAAAUAAGUGAUGUUUUCAGUAACUUGGACCAGUUAGCUGGCCGAAUGCAAGCUAAUCGGUUGCCUGGUCGACAUAGUGACCCUGGUCUGCAAAAUGCUUUGUCUCUAUUCAACACUGUUGAACAACUAGAAUUUUCUCGCAAUAGCUGGCCUUGUGAAGGUUCAUUACCAUCUCAGUACACGGGGACCGAUGAUCAUGGUAAGGAGUCUGAUAUGCGUCGUGUUGAUUGGCUAAUUGAUAGAAUGGAAGCAGAGCGUUGGAGUCAUCGCUACUGGGAACGUACUCGUACUGUACUUGAGGGUUUAUUGGCUUGUUCUGCAUUCAGACGUUCCCAUCUGAAUGCGGACCAUUUGCGUAGGAGAGCAGAUUUUCUCAGUCGAGAUUAUCGUGCGGAUAUGGAACAUAUAUUCAAUGAAAUAAACGUAAAUUUGCCAGAUCUUACUGUCACAAUAAUCGAACCGUCAUCGAUAGUGUCCACUGUACACUUGAGAGUUGGUGAAGUGAUGCAGUGUUAUGUGGUUUUCCGUCAUUUGAAUCCGGAGAGAAUUAUUGUUCGAGGGAUGUCUGAACCGAUGAUUAUAAAAUCCUACUCCACCUCUCCUGAUGAAAAUUUGAGUAUAGAAGAUAAACCCUUAUCCUUACCAGCAGAAGAACUGUUAGCUGAUUCAAGCUUAAGUUCUAAGCCGCAGAUUCGUGAUCUUGUUGUUUCACUGCUUAGUCCUGAUUCAAAAACUCGCUCAAUUCCAGACCACAGGCAACAAAGAGUAUCAAAACUUGUCCGUUUUUGUACGAUUAAUCAUCAGAAGUUGGAUCUUUUCACGCCGAGUCGUCAUCCAUUGUUUCAACGUAUCACUUCUCUAGCCCAGUGUGCACUUCUUCACUUUUCUAACGAGUACAAACCUCCAUCUGCUAUUCGUGGAUUUUUCGCUUGGUUGCAUAGUUACCGAGAUUUAUUUAGUGCUCCAUGUUGUCGCUGUGGUCAGCUUCUAGGUCAGAGUGUUGAACUUCCGGUUUGGCGUAGUUACCCUCAAAUCAGAAAAGAUAACUCUCGAUCUAUGGAGCCACAGCAUGAACACUGUCAAGCUAUUUUAUAAACACUUGAUUUUUAUUCACUAUUUCCUACAUUUUUGUCACUUAUUGUUGUUUACUAACAAUUUGGCAUAGUUCUACUCGUCAGUGUUGUUUUCGAAAGUUUAUAAAGUAAUCAUCAGUGCAAGUGAGUUGCGAGAACCAGGUAUAUUUUCCUCGGUCUGCGACGCAAAGUUAGAUGACGUAUGCAACAGAUAUAAUGUAUACUCUUGGAUUAUAAAAAAUUGCAAAACAUUCAGUUUUCUAGUGUUUGAUCACCAGUAUCUCUCUAUGAUGCCAAUGUAAAAGAAGCUUAUGGAAAGCUUAUCCAAAUAGUUAAACCAGAGAUUUGAUCAUAUAUAAUUAAAUAUCUGCACAGCAUACGUCUGCGCAUUUAUCCCUAACUUUAACCGCUCAUGGUAUGUUUGCUAGAAUGACAUCCUUGAGUGUAGAAUACAGUGAUGAAACGUCAGCCUUGAAGAUUUUUCUUUCUGAAAUGCACUAGAUAGCUUAAGUAUUAUGACUUCUGACGACAAUAAAAAUGUGCUGGUCAUCUUUUCGUUUCUACACCUAUAAAAAUAAAUCUGUUUCAGGAAUUGUCAAUAAUAUGCU